AUGCCGAAAGUCAACAUCGACACGGUCGGGAACCCCCCCAAAGACUGCUCUCGUGACUCUAUUGAAGAUAUCUGGGGUCCCAGAACACCAUAUGUGCAUCAAUGGCCCACCAGAGUUGAUCAUGCCUGUGAUGAGACGCCUGAUAAAUGGGUUCAGAGUGCAUGCGUUCUAUGCAGCAACGGAUGUGGCCUUGACCUCGGAGUCAAAGAUGGCAAAGUCGUCGGCGUGAGAGGUCGCGCUGUCGAUCGCGUCAACAAGGGACGGCUGGGGCCUAAAGGCUUGAACGGCUGGAAAGCGAUUCAUAGCAAAGACCGCCUGACGCACCCAUUGAUCCGUCGCAAUGGAAAGCUUGAAGAGGCGACGUGGGAUGAAGCCAUGGACCUCAUCGUCAAAAAGUCGAAGGAAUUGGUUGAGAAGUUGACGGCGCAUAGUAUUGCGUUCUACACCAGUGGGCAAUUGUUACUUGAGGAGUAUUACGUGCUUGCUUUGAUUGGAAAGGCGGGACUUAACACCCUUCAUAUGGACGGAAAUACUCGCCUUUGCACCGCGACUGCAGCGGCUGCCAUGAGAGAAUCUUUCGGCUCUGAUGGACAGCCAGGCUCUUAUACGGAUAUCGACUACACGGACUGUAUCUUCAUGGUAGGCCAUAACAUGGCCGCCACUCAAACUGUUCUGUGGUCCAGGAUUCUCGACCGUCUAGCUGGACCCCAUCCACCAAAGCUCAUCGUCGUUGAUCCGAGAUACUCCGAGUCAGCGAGCAAAGCAACAGUCCAUCUUGCUCCUAAGAUUGGCACCAACCUUGCUUUGCUGAACGGUAUUCAGCACUUGUUGUUCAAGAACAACUGGAUCAACGAUGACUACAUCUCUAAACACGUCGUCGGCAUCGAAGACCUGAAGAAUACCGUAAAGGGUUACGAUCCCGAAAGAGUCUCGCAAAUCACCGGCGUACCUGUCAGCAAACUCGAAGAAGCAGCCCAGCUCAUCGGCCAAACUCCCAGUCUCUUAUCGUCAGCCCUUCAAGGCGUGUACCAAUCCAACCAAGCAACCGCAAGCGCCUGUCAAAUCAACAAUAUCCAUCUCCUACGCGGUCUACUCGGCAAACCUGGCAGUGGUAUUUUCCAGAUGAACGGGCAGCCCACCGCCCAGAAUAAUCGUGAGACCGGCUGUGAUGGAGAGUUCCCUGGUUUUAGGAACCACCAGAACGCUGCGCAUAUGCAAGACCUAGCUGAUCUGUGGAAUAUUGAGAGUAUCAAAGUUCCGCACUGGAACCAACCUACCCAUAUUCACAACAUGUUGAACUUUAUGGAGAAGGGGUCUAUUAGGAUGGUUUGGGUGUCGGGUACGAAUCCGCUUGUCAGUUUACCCAACCUUGCCAAAAUCAGGGAUAUCUUUACGAUGCCUGAGUUAUUCGUCGUUUGUCAGGAUCUCUAUAUGACUGAGACUGCCGCCGUGGCCGAUGUUGUCCUUCCUGCUGCGCAAACGGGCGAGAAGACUGGUUGUUUCACAAAUGUUGACAGAACAGUGCAUUUAUCGCACAAAGCUGUUGAUCCACCUGGCCAAGCAAAGGCAGAUCUGGAUAUCUUCUUGGAUUACAGUCGAAGAAUGGGCUUCAAGAACAAGGAUGGUGGUCCACUGACGCCUUGGACUGAACCUGAGGAGGUUUUCAAGGCUUGGCAGCGACUUUCUGCUGGUCGACCUUGCGAUUAUUCUGGCAUGUCUUAUGCGAAGCUUACCGGCGGUUCGGGCCUUCAGUGGCCUUGCAAUGAGGACUAUCCAGUCGGAAAAGAACGGCUCUUUGAUGAUGGGAUAUUCUUCACGGAUAUCAACUACUGUGAGAGCUAUGGACACGAUUUACAGACUGGUGUGCCGUAUUCGGAGGAUUACUACAAGGAACUCCGCCCAGCAGGUCGCGCCAUUCUCAAAGCCUGCGAUUAUGUACCUCCGUACGAAGACACGGACGACGAGUAUCCUUUGCGAUUGUCGACGGGACGAAAUGUGUUUCAAUUCCAUACCAGGACCAAAACUGGACGAACAGCCCUGCAGAAUGCGGCACCCGACCCUGAGAUUCGGAUCUCUGAGAAAGAUGCCCCGAAGUAUGAUCUAAAGACUGGAGACAUGGUGCUAGUCAAGUCGAGGCGCGGACAGGUUGAAGUUAAGGUGAAGAUUGGCAAGAUCUCGCAAGGACAGGCGUUCAUUCCGUUCCAUUUUGGAUAUUUUGAUUUAAAGGACGGAAGAGCAAGAGCUGCGAAUGAAUUGACUAUCACGGAAUGGGAUCCUAUUUCCAAGCAGCCAACCUUCAAAUCAGGUGCCAUAUCUAUUCAAAAGAUCCCAUCUGACGGAACAGUCCCAGUCGCCAAAGAGCAACAAUCCGCAGCUGUCGCCAGAGCAGAGAAUUACGAUGCCGACGAUUCGAAAGUUACAAAAGAUGAUCUUGACAACCGUGAGCGCCAAUUAGAAACCUGGCUAGGCGAAGCCUUUGAAGCAAUCAUUCUCCUGAAGGAAAUAACAGAGGAAUUAUUCGGCCAUCUAAUUCACGACUCAGAAGCCCACUCUGGCCUUCGUAUCUUGAUUCAAAUUACCAAAGAUACUAUCGAUCAGUUGCAGCCUCAUGUAGAGAAAUUUGGAGAGAAUCAAGCGAGGGGAAAACAUACGGCGCAUCUCCUCCGCGAUGCGCUUUUUCCAAAGUCAGACACAGACAAACUGCCCGCUCAGCUUCAGGUACUAGAGGCAUUGAGAAGCUUGCAGGUUUAUCUAGCGCAUUUACGCGUUGGAUUGGACGCGCUGAACCCUGUUAGUCAAGCAAUGUGGGACGGGGACUUUUUCGAUGCGGUGAUUUAUGCGAUUUCGCAGGUUAAGAGGAUGCAGGAUUGGGUUACCGAGCAGAUCAAGGUCAGGGCCCCGCAGGCUUUGCUGGUCCCUUGUAAAGUUGAGUGA